GUAAACUCAAACAACCACCACAAAACGCGCCACCCAUCACACAAGUUCAAGCCACUGUAAAAGACGGAAUGACUGUGUUCCUUAUGUGUCAUUGGCUGUUGGUAGUUGAUGUGUCCCACAGAUUCAGUGACAACGCCCUCUGCCCGAUGUGGACUAGUAUGCAUCUAGGAUCAAUACCAGCGCUACACCAACGCUCAGAUGGAUUUGGUGCUUACGAAUGAAUUUCAGCCUUGAAAAAGAGCUUCAAUUUGAAGGUCGGCCGCAGUACUUCAAACCCCACGUCUCAGUACUCCACGAUGCUGCCGCUUGUUCUGUACGAUGCUAUGUCCAAUCUUCCGGGCAAUAACUUUUCACCCAACCCCGCGAAGUCGAGGUUCGUUUUGAGCUACAAAGAUAUUCCAUUCGUGACCAUCUGGGUCGAAUAUUCAGAUAUCCAUAUCGCUAUGAAGUCUAUCGGUGCAAAGCCGAUCAAACGCCGAGAUGGCUCGGAGGUCUGCACCGUCCCCGUCCUCAGCGACCCCAACACCGGUGCCCUCAUCACCGACUCCCUCGAAAUUGCCUCUUACCUCGAAAAGACAUAUCCCGAGAAGCCAAUUUUCCCAAACAAUUCAGAACCUUUGAUACGCACGUUCGACCCUGCCUAUAUGAGCCUGAUUUUUCCUGGCUUUAAGCCCCUGUACCUACGCACCAUGGAAGCAUUGAGUCCCGCAAGUGCCAAGUACUUCAUCGGAGUUCGUUCGGCGGAAGUCCCGUUACCCUGGGAUGUGAACUUUGAUGCAGACUGGAAACUACUAGAGAAGGCGUACAAUACCGCGUACGAAUGGUACCAGAAGACUGACGGGAAGUGGAUCAUGGGCGACACUUUUUCGCACGCAGAUAUCAUUGUUGCUUGUCAGUUGCUAUGGUACAAACGAGUGCUGAAGGAAGAUGAGUGGGCCAGGAUCAGUUCUUGGAAUGGGGGGAAAUGGGCCCAAGUCCUUGCGGAUGCUAAGAAGGAGUGCAAUUUGGCUUAGAAAACUGCGUAUACUAUAGGAUCUAUUUCAGGGAUAUUUGAAAUAAUGAUAAAUUCUUUUGACGGGUAAA